UUCUGAAACUCUCUCGUGAGUCGCAAAAACUUGACAACAAUUGGCAGGUGAUAUUGUCGUGUAACGCCUUCUUCAGCCUUAAGCUGUCCAUCUGUACGGUCUUCCCGUUCCUUCUUUAUAAAAAAAUCUCAACUCUUCACCACUUACCCAAACUUCUCUCUCUCUCUCUCUCCUUCCCUCUUCUCUCUGUUCUUCGAUUUGCUCUGUUCUUGAUUUGCUCUGCUUUUCCUCUGUUUCUGUCUUUCUUGUUUUAGUUGGUUUGUUCUGUCCAAAGAUAUCUCCUUUUAGAGAGUGAGAGCAGUCAAAUGGAAUCUACUGAGCUACACGACAUGGAUUUCAUAUCAAAUCCCUUUACUUCCUUCUCAGAGCCAAGUUUCUUCACUCCAAGCACAAGCUCCCUCUCCGACGAACCAGAUUCACCAAAGCCACAGAACGAAGACGAAGAUGACUACAUCACCGAGUUGACUCGUCAGAUGACAAACUAUAUGCUUCAAGACGAUGAGAAGCAUCAAAAGUCUCGUAGUGGUGGUGGCUCUGGCUCGCCGCAGUCAACUCUGUGGUCACCAUUUGCUUCCGGUUACAGCAGCCCUAUUGGUCCUUCACGUGAACCAUCGCCGCCGCUAACUCCAACGGUGGAGACAAUCAUGGCGAAGGUCGAUACAAAACCUGUGACCAUCCCUUUUCAAUCAAAACAAGCUCUAAUCGAUGACCAGAUCCGAUCUAUUCAAGCAAACUUCCAUAAGAUCAAGAAGGAGAAAGAGAAAGAGAAGAAACGAAACGAUGACGUUAUGAGGAACAAAGCAAGGAACUACCAGCAGCAGAGACCCAGGUCGGGGGUGAAGGCGGUGUUCGUUGACGGGUCGGGUUCAAGAACCGGCGGGUCUGGUGGAACCGGAGUGUUCUUGCCACGUAGUCAUGGUACUGUUAUGGAGCCACGCAAGAAAUCAGGGUGUUCAACAGUUAUAAUACCAGCAAGAGUAGUUGAAGCUUUGAAAGUUCACUUUGACAAAUUGGGUGUUCCUUCUACAUUCUCUUCUGAUAUCCCUCCUUUUCAUGAUGCUUUGUUGGUGUCCAUGAAGAACCAAAGUAACAAGAGUAGUUCAUCAUCUCGGCCGGUACGAAGUGCAUCACCGUACGUGGUGGAGAUGUCAGCCGAGAGCCGCCAAGAACCACAAGCGGAUUUGCCUCAGGAGUGGACGUACUGAUCAAACAUUGGCACAUGCUUUUGGUUGCUUGCAGUGAUAGGUUUUCAUAAGGUAGGGUCUUCGGAUUGAAUAUCGUCUAGUGGGUCAAAAAUAAAAACAAAAAUAAAAUGCUUUCAAAAACCAUUAUUUUUUUAUUGGAAAUAUAUAGAUUUUAUAGUUUUGUGAUUUUUUUUUCUUUUUAUUAUUGUGAUAAAAUCAAUAAUUCUUGUGAUAAAGAACAAUAAAUUGUACAUGUAUAUAUAUGUAUUCAUAUAUAUCGCAUGUCUUAUUGUAAUAAAGGAUUGUUUUUUUUUUCCUAAUGUAAGAUUCAAAAUUCCUUGUAAUAAAAGCAUUACUGCAUA